GUAGAUUCUGACAUUGUCGGUUCAAUCACAGUAAAAGCAAGCAUAUUUUACACGAACACAUCUGUAUAUUAUAUCCUUUUAAAGCGCCGUUAAGUGUCAGCCGAAACAUUUUCUCAAACUGACGCUGUUCAAUCUGAAUAUGGCGGCGGCGGACGAUAGCCGCUAUUACAAUGAGCAUGAUGACCGUGUUGGUGGUCAUCAGUUCCGUAACCACAGAAGCCGAGGGCCCUACCGAAGCCGGGCGCACAAUGCGCCGCCAAGACAGCGACACCGUAUGGGCCCCACAGGGCGGUUUGGCCCUGGACCCAGGGCCAGGUUUGAGGAUGAGGAUGGUGAUGUGGCUAUGAGCGAUAGCCCUUUUCAGGAUGGAUCUUCACAACGUCGAUUUAACCCGUAUGGACGACCGAACAGGAGACCAGAGGGCCGAUUUGAUCGUGAGAAAAAAGAUACCAGAGUUGGUGGUGGAGGAGGAGGAAAUGGAGGAAGAGCUAAAACCUGGUUCAAGAUGACGAUACCCCAUGGACGAAAGUAUGAUAAGAAAUGGCUGCUGACUGCUCUUCAGAACCUCUGCCCUCUGCCUUUCACUCCAGUACACUACUACACAGAAGGCCACAGAGUUCAGUUCUAUUUGGAAGAUGCUGCGACUGCUACUGCUCUGAGCAGAGUCUCACGCAAGAUUACUGACAACGAGGGAUACAAGGUGACAGUAUUCAUGAACCCCUGUGCUCCUCCAUCCUUUCUGCAGAAUGAUCUGAAACCCGAGGAUUUGGAAUACUUGAAGCAGUGUAUGGCCAAGCGUUUUGACGGUUCCCAGCAGUCCCUGGACUUGAACAGUAUUCGCACAGACCCAGACUUGAUCUCCCAGAACAUUGAGGUGAUUCUCAACAGAAAGAGCUGCAUGCAAGCCAUCUGUAAGAUCAUCGAGGAGAAUAUUCCGGAGUUGACGUCUCUAAACCUGAGCAAUAACAGGCUGUACAAGUUGGACGACUUAGCGGAGCUGGUGGCCAAAGCACCCAAUCUGAAAACACUCAACCUGUCUCAUAAUGAGUUGAAGUCAGAACGCGAAUUGGAUAAGGUGAAGGGAUUUAAGCUUGUGGAGCUAUGGUUGGACCGCAACCCUCUGUGUGACCACUUCAAGGAUCAACCCACCUACAUCAGUGCCGUGAGAGAGCGUUUCCCAAGGUUACUGAAACUGGAUGGUCAUGAUCUUCCCCCACCAAUUGGUUUUGACGUUGAAGCUGCCACGGCAAUCCCACCCUGCAAGGGCAGUUAUUAUGUCUCGGACGAAAUCAAGAGCCUGAUCUUACGCUUUUUGCAACAGUACUACACUGUGUAUGAUUCAGGAGACAGACAGCCUUUACUGGACGCCUAUCACGAUGGAGCCUGUUUUUCACUCAGCAUGCCUUUUACCAUGCAAAAUCCUGCCAGGUGCAGUUUGGGCGAGUAUCACAAAGACAGCCGGAACAUUAAGAAACUCAAAGAUCCCACUUCACGGUUCCGUUUGCUGAAGCACACUCGCCUAAAUGUUGUCGCCUUCCUGAACGAACUACCCAAGACUCAACACGACACUGCCUCCUUUAACAUUGAUGUCAACACGUACACUAAUACAUUGCUGUCCUUCACAGUCAGUGGAGUAUUCAAAGAAGUUGAUGGCAAAUCAAGAGAUUCUGUUAGGGCAUUUUCACGUGUGUUUAUCACAGUCCCUGCUGGGAACUCUGGUCUUUGUAUUGUAAACGACGAGCUUUUUGUGAGGAACGCUACAACUGAGGAGAUCAGACGGGCUUUCGCUGCUCCUGCCCCGACUCCGUCCAGCAGUCCUGUACCCACCCUAUCAGCGUCUCAGCAGGAUAUGCUCUCCGCAUUCUCUCUCAAGUCUGGCAUGAACCUUGAAUGGUCCCAGAAGUGUCUGCAGGACAAUGAAUGGGAUUUCAAUCGAGCAGCACAGAUCUUUACAGAGCUGAAGGCACAAGGGAAGAUCCCGGACGUGGCUUUCAUAAAGUGAAGAAUGUUCAAUAAAGUUUAUUGUUUAGAAAAUACUAAUCUUUUGCUGUGGAAGAACCAAGCUGCACAUCUUUUUUAUAUGGAUUUUAUUUUUGUUUUGUUAUAGACAUAUUCCUGUUCCUUUGUUUAAAUAGAUGUACACUACCACAGGAUUUGCUAAACAUUUGUAUCAUUGAAACACUGUUUUUGUUUUAAUUAUUUCAUUUA